UGAACAUGUUUCAAUGUAAAACCUUCCAAAACCUGCAGGGAUCAGGCAGAUGGGCAGCUCUAUACUUCUUGCAAUAGUCUUAAAAACGAUUAAAAUCAGUGCCUAUUUAGUGGAUAAUAAUACAUAAAAACGUGCUACGCUUUGUACCAUUGUAAAUGAUAGGAUAAUAUUGCUAGAAACUUCUGGUAAUAAUGUCUGCUGAUUCUCCUAGAAGAUCUCCUGGAAAAGCAAAUGCAGGUCUGAUUGUAUUGCCUCAACCUGUAACUGAUCCUUCUUUGAUUGACAGUGUCACAGGAUUUAUUCAAGAGGUUGUUCCACAAGCGUAUGGCUGCAGUACCAAUGACAACAGAGAGGUGAUCACAUGGGUGCGGGUCCUGCAGGCGGACAUAAAUGAUCCUGCUUUCUACCCGGACACCGGCGAGCAGGAUGGAGUCCCGCCCCUGCUGUUGGCGCUGGGCUACGGCAGCGGAGUACAGGUCUGGCUUGUGCCAGUUACGGGAGAAGCGAGGGAGGUACUGUCCUGGUCGCAAAGCUCGGUAAGAACCCUUUGCAUCCUGCCCACCCCGGAGAUCCGGCUCCCUCUCAAGCAAGAUCUGUACAAACUCAAGAGACCUCUGGUGGCGAUGGUGGACAAUGCAGGGCCUGGACCUCAAUUCUGUGCCGUCAGCUUUAUCUCACUUAGAGAUGGUGAUCAGGUGAAGAGUAUAAAGUUCUCACAUCAGGUGUGGGAUGUGGUGGCGAAUCGUCGCUCCGUGGUUAUCUCCCUAGCUGAGCGCAUUGCUGUGUUUGAUGCCGCUACGUUGGAAGACAAUCUUGUAGUGACGACUUGUUACCCCAAUCCUGACAUCAACCCAGUGGCUCUCGGAUCCAGAUGGCUGGCGUACGCGGACCGGAGACUGGUAUCUCAGUGGCGCUCGCAGGGUGGGUGCCAAAGUGAAGGUCCCCACAGCGUCACAGCCACCAUGUUUCAUGCAGCCAAGUUCCUAGGCAAAGGUCUACGGGACCUCAGUGAGACCGUCGCGUCCAGCCUCACCGGCAGCAGUCCGGAAAACAGUUCCCUGCACCACAACCACCCUCCGGAGCCCUGUCUGAAAGGCAUCGUAACCAUACUGGACCUCGAGAUGAGGGUGUCGAAAGAUACCAAUGAAGAUGACUACCAGACUGGGGCUAACCGGGUUGUGGCACAUUUUAACGCACAUUUGGAACCCAUUGUCGCUCUCAGCUUCGACCACAGUGGCUUGCUGCUGGUGACUGCGGACAAACGCGGCCAUCGUUUCCACGUGUUCCGGAUCAACCCACACCCCUGUGGCCCCACCCUUGCCCAUGUCAAUCACCUCUACGUCCUACACAGGGGAGAUACGACAGCUCGUAUACAGGACAUAACAUUCUCAUCUGACUCACGGUGGGUGUCGAUCAGCUCCAUGAGGGGCACCACCCACGUCUUCCCCAUCACCCCGUACGGGGGCCCUGUGGGUGUUCGUACACAUACCACUCCUCAGGUCGUGAACAAACUCUCCAGGUUUCACCGGAGUGCAGGCCUGACAGACGAGGGGCGCAACAGUCCUGUACUGUGGGAGAGUCCCCCAUCUACAUCAUCUGCUGCACCUCUCCCCACAACUAUCACAGCCUUGGCUCAGGUGAGACGGCAGACAAUGAUCCCGACCACUCCUACCGAGGAUAGUAUCGUGCGGCUGGCCGCCACUUUCGGGGCUCCUCGUGCUCCUGCUCUGGCCCCCCACCCUCGCACUCGGCGUGCCAUGGACUCACUCUAUGUCAUGGGCUGUAAUGGCAUUCUCAUCCAGUACGACCUGGAGCCCAGACCCUUCUCUGGUGUGAACAAGGAGAAGGUGUGCGAUGACACGAGUAUAGAGCUCCAUGUGGAGCCGAGAGCGGAGUGGGUACUACAGCGGCCUCCCUACAGUAGCUCUGUCCACCCUCCCCUAGCCUGCACCAAUCCUCUGCUGAAUCAACCGGAGCCUCCUACUCCCACUGACUCUCAGCCCGAUGAGGAGCGCUGGCUUUCUCAGGUGGAGAUUGUGACCCAUGACGGCCCUCACCGCAGGUUGUGGAUGGGGCCUCAGUUCACGUUUGUCACAGUCAACCCCAACAAUGAGGCUGGUGACGUGCUGGACAUCAACAAACAAGUGGUACGCUCCAGUCCUGUCAACAUGCCUCUCAAGCAACCUCUCAUCAUAGAGUCGGCGGGCUCAUGUAGUAGUCUGGAGUUGUCUCCUAAUAUGGUGGAGUUAGUGUACAAGACUGAUAACUGGAGUGGCCGGCUGCGGGAGGACCUGGCAGAAGCCAUGUUGGAGAGUCCGACAGGCAGGAGCACAGGUGUAAAGGGGGCGAUGAGGCGCGAGCCCGUUAUCGAACGCCAGGUGAACCCUCUGGGCUCAGUGGUCACGCUAACGGCACAACUCAACUUUCCCGCCAACCUCCUCGCCAAGGAUGGGAGAGUAACAGUCGUAGGCACAGAGACAAAAAAAAUUACACUAGAGUCAAGGUUUAAUAAGCCGUUAAUGAAAACACUGCUCAGCGAGUGUUUAAUUAACGACAAUUCCUUAGAUUCCUGUAUAAAAUCAAAUUUAACAGAAAAUAAUGAUGUAGGAGCUGCUAGUAUAGAUUUAGGUGGAAAUACUUUUAAAGGAAAGCAAAAUGCAUGCAAUUACGAUUUAAAAGAUUGUAAAAAGGUUUUGGCUGAAAUUGAUGAAAAUGUAAGUCUUGCAAAGAAGAUGGGAGACAAGGAAGAGCUACAAGAAAGGAAAGGGAAAAGUGGAAAAUCUAGGAGAAAAAUAAGUAAAGAGAAGAAUAAGAUAAAGCUAGAUACGGACCCAAAGGAAGCAGAAGAGAUUUUGGCUUUACCCAGUCAAGAACUGGUUGUUCCACAAGUUGAAAUGGAUAUGCCAGUAUGUGAUGGGGUGCUUCAAGGAUCAGGUGAUAUUGAAAUGCAAUUGAGAGAGGCAUCUUUGGAAAGAGAUUUUGAUGACACGUUUGUUGAUCUAGAGGACUCCAAAGGUCGAAAGAGAAGUUUGGACAUUACUGUAGAAACUAAAUCUACAAACCUGUCUGAGAAAUCGGUUCUUGUUGAGAAAGAUAAAUAUGAUUGUGGUGAUUUGAAGGAAAAUGACAAGAUGAGUUCUAGACAGCGAAAGAAAUCUAGGAUGAAUGACCAAGAUGUGUGGUUAAACAAGAGCUUCAGUGAUGAUAAAAUUACAGACAAUGAUAGUGGAGAUACACUUGAAGUAAAAGAUGUUUCAAAUGUUAGUGAUGUGUUAGACAAAACAUCGAAAAUUGAAGAAAAAUCAAAAGGUAAGAAGAAAAAGGCAAAAAAAUGUCCUUUAAAGGAGUUUUUAACUGACGAUGUUCAGGUUGAUAUUGCAACCAGUUUUAAUGAGAAGAAAAUUGAUGAUUCUGACAUUGAACAAAUAAUGCUUGAAGUAUCACAAGAAACUAUUUGUCCAGAAACAAAUCGAGAAUCAUUGGACUUUGAAAUACACAGUUCUAGAAAUGAAAAAAGAUGGAAAGAAUUAGAAGAAAUAAAAAUUAACGAUGUUGCAUCUGAAUUAUUAGGAGAUCCAAUAAGCAUUGAAAACGAGGUUGUUGAGAUAAACUAUGUGGAGGAGAAGAACAGUGCUACUGAUGAUGAACUGAAAGGUUUUGAAUCUGACCUUUUGGUGAAAGAUAGCAGCACUUGGUCUCCAGAGAAAAGUCCAGAAAGAGAUAUGGAUGUUUUGAUGGACGAUAAGGAUUCAGAUAAAGAAAUUGACAAAAUAAAGAAUGAUGAAACUACUGAUAAAGAUUCUAGUGAUGAUUGUCAACCAAUUGUAAUCAAACCUGAUUCCAAACAUGCUCAGAAAAGGGGAAAGAACAGGAAGAUUAUGCGCAAGAACCGUGAAAUUGAAACUAAAACAUUUGAUAGUGAAACGAGACAUGAUGAGAACUUGAGCAAAGAUAAUUUGGAAUCAGAAAUCAUUUUGUCUAAAAAUGAUGAAGAAAAAAGAGAUUCGUCAUGUAAAGAUGAAAGUAUAAAAGACAUUAAGAAAGUUGAUUCAGAAGAAGAAGACAUAUUUGUUGAAGCAAAAAAGAAUCUUAAGACAAAGUCUGUGGAUGAUUUUUUUCCAGAACUUAAAGUGUCAACAGAUGGAGUUAAGAGAAGAAUUCGUAAGAGAGAAACGCCAGAGAAAGAACAGGAACCGAGCAUGCCUUUAUUAUUGGAGUUGGAAGUUCCGAAACGCUCUUGGAGCUCCAUUGUUUCUUCAAACUGUGAAGAUCCAAAUGGAAAUAUUUCAAAGCCUGAAGAACCUGUUGCACCCAUGAGAUCAUGGAGUAAUAUAGCUGCUGGUCCUGCCAAGCCUAAAGCCCAAGAUACAGAGGCUAUGAAGACAAACAGUGUUGAAGAUCGAGACUCAGUUUAUGAAUCUUGCAAUGACAGUGUAGGAGAGGAAGUGGAGCCUGCCUUGGACUCUCUUAGCUCUUGCUACUUUGAACCAGAGAGCAAAGAUGACACUGCUAAUCCUGUAACUGUCACACAGUACAAGAAGGAAGAAGUGUCAUCCGAGUCGAAAAGUGGCAGUUCUGUUGAGGACAAAUCAAAUACAGAUUCUGGGGAGAAAGAGGAUCUCAUUGUUGGGAUACAGGCAACAACUAAAAAGUCAAAAAAGCAAAAAAAGAAAAAGAGGUGAUAUAUUUCACCAUCAUUCUCACAUAUUUUAAGUAAAAUAUUGAUUUUUACGCACCCAAGUAGUAAUUUGAUGAUUGAAAUUAUUUGGAAAAUAGUCUUAUUUUGAUCUAUUAUUUUUUGUAUAGUGUUUUCUGCUACAGUACAUAUUACAAAAGAUUAUAGGUAAUCAGUCAUAUUUAAAUAAAUUAAAUGUGCAGAAAUAAAAGGCAACAUAUUCUUCAAAAUAAAAAGUUUCAAGAUAGAAAAAGAUAAUGUGUAAUAUCAAUAACUAUGGUUGUUACAAUUUUCAGUAGUGUAAGUGUGCCAAAAAUCACUUUGCCAUACAAAUUUAUAUGUAAAGAUAACCAAAUAUUGUAAUAUGAUAAAUUGAAAUGUUAUUUUAAUAGAAACCGAGUAUUGCAAUUCUAUAUAAAUACACUUUAAAUAUAUUGCAAAAUACAACUACAUUUUUCUAUAACAAGAAAACAAUAAACUAACAAUAUAAUGAUUUAAUUAUAACAGAUUUCUUCUUCAUCGUACAGCAAAUUUUGGAAUACUUAUGUGGAGAUGCUGUUAUGUAUCUUAAUACUAAAUGCCUUAUUAAUUUAAACUAAAGAUUAUGCAAUAUUUCCUGUUUAAUAAUUACAUUAUCACAAUAUUGUUUAUUAUUAAGAAAACAUGCAAAACUAUCAAUGGCUAUUAAUAUUUUUGAUGAAUAAUGCUCAACUUACUAAAUAAAAAAAAUGUUGUGUUACUAAAUAAAUUCCAAGCUACAUAUGUUCAGCAUUUGAAGAUAUUAUGAACGAUUUUAAAAUCUGUUGCAUGUAUUAUUACAAAUAAACUUUCAGUAAUUUUAAAGAAGAAGUGAAACUUAAAGUUUUGGAUUUGUAUUAUAGUUUACAAACAUUCACAGUAGAAACCUAUAAGUCACGUUACCUAUUUUAUUAUUUUACUCAAUAUUACAAAUAUUGUCUGUAGUCUGUUUAGUACCUGUUCUUUAAUGUUAUUGCUGUUCAUUGUGUAGUAUUUUGUAAAAAUGUGAGUUUUAGGUUUUCCCAAUAUUUUGAUCAAUUUAGUCAAUGUUUAGUAGUUUGUAUACUCAUUAAAUUAAUAUUAAUGAAUUAUAA